AUGGCACUCCUUAUAACAGCCGGUGAUGUUCUUUUGAUCCUUGUCGCUAUUUUACUACCGCCUGUUGCGGUGCUCAUUGCGACAGGAUGUAGUGCUGAUUUCUGUAUAAAUAUCGGCUUAACUUUACUCGGAUAUAUUCCCGGGCAUAUACACGCAUUUUACGUGCUAUACAAAAAAUCCGAGCAACGUGAAAUACUUGCACGUCGUCGAGCGGUAUUAACGUCCCCAUCGAUGCCAGUUUCGGGUGCGGCU